GUUUUCUUGUGGGAGCCAUUGUUGUGAAGACUAUAUUGUUGAGUUUGUUCAUGCAGAAGAUUUGAUCAAUUUCAAGAUGGAUGGUUUUGUGAAAGGCCAAGUUCUCUUGGUAAAGACGAAGGAAGGAAAUCUUCGUGGGUGUUUUCAUUCAAUAUCAGAUGAUUGUUCCAUAUUGACAUUAACUGAUGUGAAGUGGCUGCCAAUGGAGGACCCAGUGGAUGGGUUGUUUCACAUUAAUUGUUUCGAGCUCCUGUCUAUUCGUCUAUUGGAACCAGGAAAUAAUGCAGCAUCAAGCAAAGAGAAUAAAUCGGUCUGCAACUUUAAACUAAUGAGACAUGUUCCACCACCUACUCAUCCUGGACGUGAUGUUGGAAAUGUAACUGAAUGUGAUGUCGUUCCUAAUUACAACCCAUUUUUACUCAGUGGAAAUCCUUCUUGGGGGAAGUCUUUAAAGAAGCUUGAUGAUACAAUCAGGAGACUAUGUGUUGUAACAGAGAAGUACAUUUUUGUGGAUGAUGCUGAAACAUUCGAAGCUGUGGUGGAGCAUCUUGAAAUGGAAACAAUAAUAGCUUUGGAAUUUGAAGGUGUUACUUUUGGUGUCUGGAGAAAAAUUAGGCUAAUAAACAUAGCAACAUGGCAAAGAACCUUCCUUCUUGAUCUGCGAGCUCUUGAUACUGUGUUAUUUAUCAAGAAAAUGAAGGGAAUUUUAGAAUCAGAAUACAUAUUAAAGGUGAUUCACAAUUGCCGGCUUAUUUCAGCAAUUCUUCUUCAGGAUUAUAGCAUAAUGCUAAAGAAUGUAUUCGACACACAGGUAGCUGAUCUCUGCGUUGCACUUAAUAAGUACCAGGAACUACCUCUCUUUGUCCGAAGUCUACCUGAUUGUCUUAAUCUUUACUUGGAUUUACCUGAAGUGCUUAUUCAUCGACCAUAUGUGCGAGAUGGCUACAUUGAUACGGAUCUCUCUUCUUGGAUGAACCGACCACUCCACCUUGCGCUUCAGCAGGAGGCUGUGAAAAAUGGAGUGUUCUUACUUUUACUUCAUGAUAAACACAAGGUUCUAGGUGAUGAAACUUUCAAACAUGGAUGUAAUAUUUAUCUCAGCAUUGGACAUAAGAUGAAGAAAAGUGAAAUUGCUGCUUAUCUGCCAAAAAUAUUCAUGGUGCCUUCUGAUAUGCUGGAAGUGAUGCAUAUGGUUCGUGGUGGUUCUGGAUAUUAUGUAUGAGCAACAAGAUACCAAAGACAUACAAAAUAGAAAUCAAUAACUUGUCUCAAUCA